AUGCUCAAAGCAGCCUCAAUACUCAACAUCCCCGUCUACGCAACCACCCAAAACCGCGCUCGACUGGGAGAAACUUGCACCGAACUCCUCCCCCUCCUCUCCAGCGCCGUAGAACACGCAGAAAAGAAAGCCUUCUCCAUGUGGAUUCCUGACAUAAGCAGACACUUCUCCUCUUCGACGCCUUCGGAAAUUGUCAUCGUGGGCAUUGAAUCGCAUAUUUGUGUCACCCAAACGACGCUCGAUUUGCUGAAGGAAGGACACAAAGUGUACAUACUUGCGGAUGGAGUUAGUAGUUGUAAUAAGGAAGAAGUGCCUAUUGCUCUGGCCAGGCUGAGAAGGGAGGGUGCCGUGGUUACGACAAGUGAGAGUUGGAUUUACGAGUGUAUGGGUGAUGCGGGGAUUGAGGAGUUUAAACAAAUUGCGGGUGUGGUGAAGGAGUAUAAUCACAAGACCAAGGAGGUUUUGGGGAGUUUGUGUAAGAUAUAA